UAUUUGUCAACUUUCUGUUUUAACGUAUAGGUGAGGUUACGUGGCUGAUACUUUCCGUUUUUAUAUCAGAAAAAUAAUAAUGAAUACGUUUUGUUGCCUUAUUUCAAUAAUAUGCCUAUAUAUCAAUCAAAGUUUGGCUUAUUUUAUUACAGUAGAUGCACACGCAGAAGAAUGUUUCUUUGACAAAGUUGAAGCUGGCACAAAAAUGGGACUCACAUUUGAAAUAGCCGAAGGUGGAUUUCUCGAUAUAGAUGUUCGUAUUCUAGAUCCAAAGAGUAAUCUUAUAUAUCAAGGAGAAAGGGAAUCUUCAGGAAAAUACACAUUUGCUGCCCAUACUUCUGGUACUUAUACUUAUUGCUUUUCAAAUAAAAUGUCUACUAUGACUCCCAAGGUGGUAAUGUUUAAUAUGGCCAUUGGGGAAUCUCCAAAGGGGGAAGAUCAUCCAGAAGGGGAAAAUGCUAAUAAAUUAGAAGAAAUGAUUAAAGAACUCACAAAUUCAUUGUCUGGAGUAAAACAAGAACAAGAGUACAUGCAAGUUAGAGAUAGAAUUCAUAGAAGUAUCAAUGAAAGUACAAAUUCUAGAGUAGUUUUGUGGUCAUUCUUUGAAGCUGUAAUUCUUAUUGCUAUGACAAUAGGACAAAUCUACUAUCUAAAGAGGUUCUUUGAAGUUCGAAGAGUUGUGUAACUAUGAAGACUGAGUGUUUUGUUGAACUGUUCCUUUGUUUUUGAUUUCAAAAUUUCUUUUUCUAUAAUUUAUUUAGAAAUGUGGUUUAACUUCAGUAUAGUUUCUAAAAUAUGUUUGAUUCAUUAAAUGGAUGUAAAUAUUUCACAUAUUAAUUUAAUAUAUUGGUACUAGAUCUGUUAUUAAAGUAUUAAGAAAUUUUAUAUUUCAGUUUUCAAAGUUCUUGUAACAAAAGUUGUACAUAAAUUUCUGUGUAGUUUCUAUUUUUUUUAUAUUUUGGGAAUAAAGCCACAUAAAACCUUA